CAAGUCAGCUAUGAAGCUCCAGCACUAGUACUGCUUUCGGCUUCUCCUAGCCCACUUCCAAAUCAAAGAUGUACUCUCGAAUGAAGAGUCACAGACGAGUCUACCAGAGGAUGUCUGAAUAGGGGCAGGAAUUCCAAAUUCUAUCGUACCCAGCUCCUAAGUCUCCUCCCAGCACCCAACCACCAUGAACUCACCAACCACCAUGGCUCCACCCAACCUCACAUUGUCGUACACGGUGGACAAAAAUCCUACUAUUUUUUGGAUCAGCGUACCACCCAACUCGAAGAUAGCCGAGUUAAAAUCUACCAUUCGUGUGCACCGCAAAGAUGGCCCUCUGCGUGAGAUACUUCCACAAGAUCUCGUUUUGUGGAAGCUCACCACACAAAUUCUCACUUUCCCACACGAGACCGUCGGCGAACGCGUACAAGCUAUGAACCUAGAGAAAGUCGCAGUGGAGCUGAAAAAUGACAACCAAAAAGUCUCAGAAGUGUUUCCGGACACAGCAGAAAAGACAUUACACUUGAUCGUAAACAUUAGAAAACCAUCUUCUCCCCCUAUCAGGUCUUCCUCGCCUUGGACCUUACUUGACAACGAGCAGGUUCCAGCUUCCACCAUGGAAAGCCUCCCACAUGCAGAUGAAGACGCCUUAUUGAUUGAUGCUGCGAGAUUGAUCGAUGCUGCGAGAAUAUGGGAGGAGGAAAAACUUGAACUCGAAGGAGCCAGGGACGAGGCGCUGGCUCGUGCUGAUACGGCAGACGAGUUGGUGAAAACGUUGUCCGAUGACCUCAAGACCGUCCGUCAAUGCAACGUCCAAUACCGUAUUAGGAUAUUAGAACAGGAGCUCCGGGAUGCUGCUGUCAAGGAGGCCAAGAGCAAAGCUUUCAAAGCCACCUCUGAUGCUACAAGCUCAUGGGAAUCGGAAAAACUCGAAUUUCAAAAGUCGAGAGACGAGGCUUUAGCACGCGCUGAUGCAGCAGACGAGUCGAUUAAAAAUCUCACCCGUGAUGUCAGGUCUCUUCGUGGAUCUAAUGAAAAAUUCCAGUUCAGAGGAUCGAACCUGCUGUCAUUCAGGGAUAGGAUUAAUUUGGAGCAUGCUGCUGCUGUCGCGGAGGCCGAGAGAAAAGCUUCUUCAGCCGCGUCCGACGCUGCGAGGGCAUGGGAGUCCCAAAAGCUUGAACUCGAAGAGGUAAGGGACUCCGCAGUGGUGGGAGCCAAGCAGAUGAAAAAGCUGCUGUUGGAAGACGCUGCUAAAUGCAAGCACUAUCAGUCUAAAAUAACUGAAUUGCAGUCCGUCAUUGACAGGGGCAGGGACGCUGCUGCUAUCGAGAAGGCCGGUAGUGCCAAUGCCUCUCCGGCCACUGAAGAACCCUCAACAAAGCAUGCCCAGGUCACUGCCAUGCACGCCCAGGUCACUGUCCUGCACGCCCAGACGACUGCCCUGCACGAGUCAUCCCUCAAAGUAGCAGCCGACGCUGCAACUAUGGCUGCAAAAGCGGAGGCUGCUGCUGCUGCUUCCGACAAAUCAAUGCAAGCUUCUCUCAAGGCAGCAGCCGACGCUGCAACUGUGGUUACUAAAGUAGAGGCCGCUGCCGCUUCCGAUAAGUCAAGGCAAGCCACCAGUACUAAGGCUUCCAUCCCCGCUCGUGGCACAGAGCUCCAAGCUUCAUACUUCUCGCAAAUGGGUGCAGUCGCGACGAACGCACUACGUACGAACCCUGCCAGCUCAGCCGCGACGCGUCAAGUUACAAAUGCUGCUAGUGCAGCAUCACGUAGUGUCCCCAGCCUGAGGUCCAGGGUUGUCAGAGUUGCACCGCGCGACGUUGUGAGAGAUUCUAUUACCAGAGGUGCAGCUCCUGGCCCACGCGGCGCUCUACUUUGUCCUCGGGAUGUAAUUUCCUCGGCUGCAGGGGUGUCUAUCAGUGGUGCCCCUAGCAAGCGGAGUCGAGAAGAAGUGCCCGGAGCUGUGGAUGAUUCCUUGGCGAAGCGGCUGAAGCCUGUAGCGACGACUGCCACAUCAAAACGUCAUGUUGUUAUCCGUCGCCCUCCAUCAUAUGAUUAGCUGGACUCGUUUAGUGUGGUAUGGGUUUGCAUCCCAUUAUGACUUCAAAAGUUCA